AUGAAAUCUCAAUUACUAAUUGAAUUUUCAUUCUUUAUUUCUCUUGCUCACUCAUUCACUUUUUUCUAUUUUGCUUCACUCUCUCUUUUUCCUUUUCUUCUUUCUUUCCUGUCCUCCUCUUCUCUCACUCCUUAUCCUUUUUUAUUUUCACUUGUUAUUUCUCUUACUCUUCUCCCUCUUGAUUCUCAUUUCUUCCUAUUCUCUUUUAUCCUUUGCUUCUUUCUUUCCCUCUCUCCUCUCCCUAACUUCUUUUUACACUUUCUCUUCACUCCCAUAUUUCUGCUUUUUUAUAGACUUUCAUUUUAUUUCUCUCUUACCUCUCACUGUGUUUCAAUAUCCUUUCUUUCCUUCUCUCUCUCUCUAUUCUUAUUUAUAUCUGAUUUACCUCUUUCUUUCCCUAUUAUUUUCUCCCUUCUCUGUCUUUUGUUCUAUGUCUCACUUUUAUUCUCUUUCAGUAUAUGUUGUCUUUCCUUCUCUCUCUCUCUAAUUCUCUCUCAUUAUUUCUCUCACUCUAUUCUUAUUUCUUUCUGA